GGCCUACUAGACGAGGAAGAGGACGCCGCGGCGGCGGCGGCCUCUCCGGACUCCCCCUUCGCCGCCACCUCCUCCGCCACCACCUCCGCCCCUCCCAGCCGCGGCCUGCCCGCCUACCUGGACCCCUCCGCCCUGCCCCGCAUCACCCGCUCGCAGCUGCUGGAGCUCGUGCAGCGGGCAGCGGCGGCAGCAGGGCCGGCACCUGCUGAUGCGGCGGCGCCGGCGGCCGGAGGUGAUAGGGGUGUCCACAGCUGUGGCAGCAGUAAUGGCGGAGUCAGUAGCAGCAGCAGCAGCAGCGGCAGCGGUAUCGGGGGCUGCUGCGGUGGUAGCAGGUGCGGAAGUGGUGGUGGCGGUCAUCAUGGCACAGCAGGAGCAGGAGCAGCGGUGGGGCCUCGGCACGUGGCGGUGUUGUUGGAUGUACGGGAGGAGGAUGAGGUGGUGGUGGCGGAGGAGGAGGAGCGGAGGGGGGAGCAGGUGGCGACAACGUGCUGCAGCUCCUCCUCUGCGCCGGAGCCGCCCCUCCCCCGCCUGCACGUGCCCCUCAGCUCCCUGCGGCGUCAGCAGGCGGAGCAGCUGGCAGCUGCCGCCUCCUGGCUGGCGGUGCUGCCCAGCGGGGACCACCGGGCGGAGCAGGCGGUGGUACGACUGACCCGGGUGUACGGAAUGGAGCGGGUGCUGCUGUACGACGAGGGCGGCGAGGAAUGAAUGAUGGAUGGAUGAAGGGGUUGGUAGUGAUGGUGUAGGUUUGGUAGUAAUGGUGUAGGUAUUACACCUACACCAAAAGUUUAUAUGGUUGUUUUUAUUUAGGACAAGGAAGGGAUAUAGCGGGGUAAUCGUGUUGAGGGUAGGUUAGGGUAUGGUUACUGCAUGAGGUUGCGGAGGGGUGUCUUAGAUGCUGUCGCUGGGAACGAUGGGCUGCAUGGGAUGGAGCAAUGCGUUUUGCACGUCCGGUCCAAUGGCUAUACGUUUGUUGAAGAGGUGUGUGCAUGCUGCUGCUGGUGUUGUUUCUGUCUGUUCGGCUGCUGCAGUGUCGCUGCAAAGGGUGGGGUGCUCUGGUGGUUGCGGUGCCAGCUGUGCUGUGUCUGGUGGCAGGCGGUGUGCUUAGGGUGAAGGUUGCUGGCGUGUCGUUGAGCUGGGCAGUUCCAUGCUGGCUGCAUGCUACUGGUGGGGGUGAGAGCGGCCGGACAUGUGGUGUUACAUACCUACACAAGGGAUGCGACACGAUGAUGCGAUCCACACCGCGAUCCACACAGGGGAACAAAACGAGGGGGACAGAGCAGGC